AUGUGCGGAAAUUACGGACACCAGAAGCAACACAGUAUGGCACACGGUUCGCUUACGGUUGCGGGCAUGAUUGUCAAAAGUGAGUCGUCCACGGGACGUGCGGGUGCCGGUUCAUCAUCACCCUCGUCCGCCACAGCACACAACGCCGCCAAGAUGGGUUCGCGGCGCAUCUUUACGCCCCAGUUCAAGCUACAGGUGCUCGACUCGUACCGGAACGACGGUGACUGCAAGGGAAACCAGCGGGCAACCGCCCGCAAGUAUGGCAUCCACCGGCGGCAGAUACAGAAGUGGCUGCAGGUGGAAAAUAACCUGCGCUCGGUCGUGGCAAACGGUGGUGGCAAUAGCGCCAGCACCAACACGCACCCCAACAGCAGUAGCAGUGCCGGCGGUUCCGGAACCGCAUCGGGUGUGACGUCCCACAGCGGUAGCAACAACGCCGGCAACACGGCCGGCGGCGGUGCAUCGAUGAAAAUAAAUCUUCUAAAUCACCACCAUCAUCAUCCGGCGCAUUAUGUGCAUCCGUCGCAUCAUCACCUGCAUUAUCAGCCGAUGCACCACCAUCACGGGCUGAUGCAAGCGCCAUCGGUAGCGGCGGCAGCGGCCGCAGCAGCAGCAGCUGCAGCAGCCGCACACUACCACCACCAUCAGCACCAGCACCAUAUGCAGCAGCCGCCCGUACAUCCGCUCGCGUUUCAUCCGAUCGCGGUCCCGACGGUACAGCCGUCCCAGCCGCAGCAGCAAGUUGGCAUGGACGCGGUCAGACAACGUGUCGCGCGGAAUAGCGCAAGCGCCACCACCGUCGGUCUGCUGUCACCCGUGCUAACCCACACCGGUGCUGGCCCAUCGGCCGCGAUACCUGUUGCCUCCUGUUCGCCCCUGUCGGUAACGUCCUCCACCUCCUCCGGUGCACACACUGCCUCAUCGCUCUGCUCUGCGUCACCCAACGCGCUGAUGCGGUCCCCAUCAUCAUCCCAUCAGUUGCACCAAUACGGUGACCCAGCGACAUCUGGUGGCGAUACGCUGAACCACCACCAACAGCAGCAGCAGCAGCAACAGUCUGUCAUCUUUUCGCCCGUACCGUUGCUGGCCACCGCUACGCCACCAUCGUCGACCGGUGGUGCGAACGAUACUCACUACUACGGCCAUAUACGUGCGGUCGCGGCAGCGGCACAGGCUGCUGCAGCAGCCGCCGUCACGGCAGCCGCCGCUACCGCCCACCGAUACGAUCAUCCGAUCGAUCUCUCCCGGCCCGGAUCCAUCCCGACCGGCUCACCCGUUCCACCGCCCUGCCCGCCAUCACCACACGACCAUCGGUCCGGCUCGAUCAGGUACGAUCGUACGGUAAAGGAGGAACAGUUCGAGUGUGAAGACGAGGAGAUCAGUGUGGAGGAAGUCGAUGACGAACGUCCCGGUGUGAUGGAACAGGCGUGGGAUCUUUCCUGUCGUCGGGCCGGCAACACCGCACUGUCGGAACGUAAACGAUCCGCGUCGGCAAUGAGUGGUCCGGUCGUAACGCCCGACACAAGCCGUCCGGCGAAAUCGGUGAAACUGUUCAAACCGUACCUGCUGGAUGAGGAGGACGUGCCGGAAGAUAAGAUCACCUGCCCAAAGCAACAGCGACCCGAUUCUGCGUUGGCCGAUGACGAUAAGGAUUCGACGCGUGAAUCUCCGGCUAUUGUUGAUCGGGCGAUGUCACCUGCCCGAUCGCUUCCUCACCAUCAGCCGCAGUAUCCCAUCAUCUGGAGCGCUAGCUCACCCGCCUAUUACGAACAGCACGCGUACGAGCUUGCUCCACCGGCGUAUCUGCUUGCCGCACAGUCCUCGCAAACGGGCGGCCGCGGUGUUGGGGCACCGAUCGGUACUGCCGUACCAACGGGACGCGGUUGGAGCUCACCGCAGGCGUCGCCCGUGUCCGGGUACGAUAGUUCCACCUCGAUCUCGUCCGUGUGCAGCGGUCCGGAGGAGGACAACACCAGCCAUAGUAGCGGCAGUUCCAGCCAUGGUUCCAGCCACGGUAGCCAGUCGGAAAAGCUGAAGCAGCAGGCGAUCGAUAGCUUCUACCAUGAUGUGGCGUGCCGCGGUGACUACCGUGCGGUCGCCACCAAGUACAACAUCAGCCGCAAGUACGUGGAGAAGUGGUUGCAGCAGGAGCAGCAGGUCGAUGAUCACCACCAUCACCAUCACGGUGAGGUGAUUGCGACUCCACCUUCCGGAUCACUAGUUGGCACGGUGCGAUCACCGCUCGUGGUAGGAUGA